AUGGCGGAAAAGGAGGGAGAGAAUGAAUUUGUAAAAGAUCCCUGCUCAAUUAGUCCGCGAAAAUUGAACCCUCAGAAUAUCGCAGUUCGUCUUAGAAGAAGAGAAACUCUGGGAUGUUUAUAUCCCGGAACUCACGUCCUCGUAGCAAGGCAGUUUUAUCAAAAUGUCUUUCCUAAUUUCACGGUGGUGAAUGUAGAAAAACCACCGUGUUUCCUGAGAAAAUUCAGUCCAGAUGGAAGAUAUUUGGUGGCAUUUAGCGCGGAUCAAACUUCGAUUGAAGUUUAUGAAUAUCAAGGGGCUUCGGCUGCUGCAGAUUUAUUGGAUGGUUGCAAAGGAGAAUUCAUUGGACAAAAAAACGAGGAAAAGACUUUUCAUAUCAGAAGGGACAUUUUCAGGAGGUUUUUUAAGCCUAAAUGGAUUGUAAAUGUUGUACAAAGUAACGAACAAUUAAAUAGGGAAUGUAGUUUAUUUACUGAAGAUGGACGAUACCUUAUUGUUGGUUCAGCUGCUCAUAUUCCCGAUGAGCUUAGACCACAUUUUUAUCAGAUAUAUUCAAAUAACGAAGCGCUUACGCCAAAUCCUAGAUCCCCUCUCGAAGAUUAUAGUUUACAUCUAGUUGAUUUGCGCUGUGGGAAACUGUGUGAUACGAGACAUUUUAAGGCUGACAAAAUUUAUUUGUCCCAUAAUCAAGGCCUUUACUUAUACAAAGAUAUCUUAGCAGUGUUAUCUGUGCAGCAUCAGACGAUACACAUAUUUCAAAUUCUCGAUGGAAUGUUUAUAAACGUGCGGAUCAUUGGCAGAUUUUGUUUAGAAGACGAAGCGUACUUAGUCACAAGUGCCUGGUAUGGUAUAAAUACUAGACCAUUUAAAGAUUCCACGAUCAAUAGUCUUAAACACAAACUACUGGUUUAUCUUUACAAACGAGCGGAUUGUAUUAGUUACGCCACAAAGAACCCUUAUGAAUUAAGAAGAUUCUAUCAGUAUUUUGAUGUGUACAACGCGAUGCGAAUGUGGAAAAUGCAGUUGCUAGACACAAAUCAUAUACUCGUGAGAUAUUCAACUGAAGAGGUAGCAACAUUGCAAGCAAGUGAACCUAACGCUCAGCCAGCGUUGUUAGUUGUUUACAACAUGGUCACUGCCAAAGUUUUAGCAGCUUACGAUAAUGCUUCUAGACAAUUGUUGACUCAGUUUGAGAACUUUAGUGACUUUUUUAGAAAUGCGAGAAUGAGUUCCGACUGCCAGUACAUGUGUUCACCAUCAAACAAUAUCUAUGCAAGAAUACUGCAGCAAAGAUUCAAACAAACGAUAGUCAGUGCUCGAUAUGGUGGAAUAACCGAAGCUACAAAAAGAUUACUUGCUCAAUUGCCAAUUUGUGCACAGUCUUACUCUAGUUCUCCAUAUCUCGACUUUUCUUUAUUUUCUUACGAUGAAAAAUGGGUGUCGAUGAUGGAACGGCCUAAGGCCUGUGGAGAACAUCCGAUUCGGUUUUACGCCCGCGAUUCCGGACUUCUGAAGUUUCGAAUGUACGCAGGAAUGUUGGGAAGAACGCCACCAGUUGUUGCGAGAAGAUUAGUGGCCUUUACUUUUCAUCCGACGGAUCCUUUCGCAAUAUCCGUUCAGAGAACCAAUGCUGAGUACAUAGUUAGUUUUCACGUACGUCAUGUGUAAAUAAAAGAGAAGUUUUUUACUUCUGAUGACGAAAGACGAUAUUGUCAGAAAUAAUUGGUAAUAUGUGAUACAUGUUUAAUGUGUAUCGAUAUAUUUAAUAAUA